AUGCACCGCUUGAUGGGGGUCAACAGCACCGCCGCCGCCGCCGCCGGGCAGCCCAAUGUCUCCUGCACGUGCAACUGCAAGCGCUCUUUGUUCCAGAGCAUGGAGAUCACGGAGCUGGAGUUCGUGGAGAUCACGGUCAUCGUGGUGGUGGUGAUGGUGAUGGUGGUGGUGAUCACGUGCCUGCUGAGCCACUACAAGCUGUCUGCGCGCUCCCUCAUCGGCCGGCACAGCCAGGGCAGGCGGAGAGAAGACGCCCUCUCCUCGGAAGGAUGUCUCUGGCCCUCUGAGAGCACAGUGUCGGGCAACGGAAUCCCCGAGCCCCAGGUGUACGCCCCGCCGCGGCCCACCGACCGCCUAGCGGUGCCCCCCUUCACCCAGCGGGACCGCUUCCACCGCUUCCAGCCCACCUACCCCUACCUGCAGCACGAGAUCGACCUGCCGCCCACCAUCUCCCUGUCGGACGGGGAGGAGCCCCCGCCCUACCAGGGCCCCUGCACUCUCCAGCUGCGGGACCCCGAGCAGCAGCUGGAGCUCAACCGCGAGUCGGUGCGCGCGCCCCCGAACAGAACCAUCUUUGACAGCGACCUGAUGGACAGCGCCAUGCUGGGGGGCCCCUGCCCCCCCAGCAGUAACUCGGGCAUCAGCGCCACGUGCUACGGGGGCGGUGGGCGCAUGGAGGGGCCGCCCCCCACCUACAGUGAGGUCAUCGGGCACUACCCCGGGUCCUCCUCCUUCCAACACCAGCAGAGCGGCGGGCCGCCCCCCUUGCUGGAGGGGACCCGGCUCCACCACGCACACAUCGCCCCCCUGGAGACCACGGCCGCCUGGAGCAAAGAGAAGGAGAAACAGAAAGGACACCCUCUCUAGGAUCCCGGGGGCAGGGCUGGGCCGGCAGCGGGUAAAAAGCAAAACACUCAAGCACUUCUUAAGAGAGAGAGGACGGGCGAGUCGAAAAUGCAGCGCAUCAACCUCUCCCCGCCUCUCUGUAUAAAUAUUUACGUGUUCUGUCUGGUCUGGAUGCACAAGCUAAGGAAACUCGCA